AUGGAAACAAGCAACAGUGAGAGAAACUCAGCCUCAUCCUCUCCAUUGCCAAUGCAGACCAGCUCCUCCACCCACAGCUCCUUCCUGACUUCUGUCUCUCACACAACCCUUUCCGAACCCACCACCAAUGAAACGACUCUGGCAACAACAGUUUCUGUUCCAGCUUCAACAGAACUCACCAACAGUAAGUUGUCUUUGUCAACAACACCCUCCAUGCUCACUGGGUCUGAAAUAUCCACUAGCGAGACAGCGGCGACAAGAGCUACUCACUCUGCAGUUGUAUCAACAUCUUCCAGGGAGAUAACGACAAGUGUCUCUCUCUCAACACUACCUGAAUCUUUCACCACUGAGACAACCGUAAGAACAACUUCUUUUCCUCCUACUUUUAGUGAAUAUACAAGCAGUGAGACUCCUACGGCAACCUCUCUUCCAGGCCUGAGCACAGUCGAAACUUCCACAAAGGAGGAAAGUCUGACGACUGCUUCCCACUCUCCUCUGACAGCAUCUUCCAGUGAAAGUCCCAUAAGGACAACGGUCACACAGCCAGUGGUCUCUGAAUUCACCACCAACGAGACUACCGUGACAUUGGUUCCUCCCCACUCAACUGGGAUGGAAUUCACACCUCCUUCCUGA